UUAUUUUCUCCCUACUUUCCAACCUUCACUGCUUUGGAUUCUCCUCUCCUCUAUUCAUUACAAAUUGGCAAACCAUUUUUCCAAAUUGUCAUGAAUGUGAAAAGGCUUCUGGUGGAUUGAAGAAUGUUAUAUCUAUUUGCUAUUUGAUACAAUAAUUGACUACUCAACUGUCAAUCUAACAAGAUGGCAGGUGUUUAUUGGAUCGCUUUCUUGGUAGUUUUAUUUUGUCUUGUUGGUGCAUUUGAUGCUAGUGCUGGAGAUGCUGACCCUUUGUACAGGGCUUGUUUUGGCCAGUGUAAAGAGACCGGAUGUGCUGGAGAAACAUGCUUCCCGCAUUGUAAAACUCCUUCAAAUGAUUCUUCUUCUGAUGAUAACUGGUACUUAAAAGAGCCUCUAUACCUAUGGUUGAAACAAGCGAAUUGCAUAAGUGAUUGCCAGUAUCACUGCAUGCUUCAAAGAGAAGAAGAACGAGCGACACAUGGAUUUGGGCCUGUGAAAUAUCAUGGGAAAUGGCCAUUCAAACGAGUGUUUGGGCUUCAGGAGCCAGUGUCUGUUGCUUUCUCUGCGCUUAACCUUGCAAUGCAUCUCCAUGGAUGGUUGUCCUUUUUCAUGCUUAUUUACUACAAGUUACGAUCAAACUCUGAUGAGACGACCUGCUACAGUUACAGUAGUUUGUGGCACAUUUACGCGUUCUUGUCUAUAAACUCAUGGUUAUGGAGUGCCGUCUUCCACAGCCGAGACAUGGAUUUUACAGAAAAGCUGGACUACUCAUCUGCUGUGGCGUUACUUGGAUUUUCACUGAUUUUAUCAGUAUUAAGAAGUUUCAGUGUAAAGAAUGAGGCGACGAGAGUUUUGGUUGCCGCUCCAUUGCUUGCCUUCACAGUCACUCAUAUAUUGUACCUGAACAACUAUCAAAUGGACUAUGGAUGGAACAUGAAAGUUUGUGUUGUGAUAGCUGUUUCUCAACUUCUAAUUUGGGCAGUCUGGGCUGGAAUUAGCCGUCAUCCUUCUCGGUGGAAGUUAUGGACGGUGGUUGUGGGAGGUGGCCUCGCUAUGCUCCUAGAGAUCUACGACUUCCCUCCAUAUCAAGGACUAGUAGAUGCCCAUGCACUUUGGCAUGCGACCACAAUCCCUCUGACCUAUAUCUGGUGGAGUUUCAUCAAGGAUGAUGCAAAGUUUGGAACUUCAAACUUGAGUAAAAAAGUGAAGUAGUGUUUUCCGACAGAGUUUUAUAUCGCUUGAU